CUCUCUGCCCUCCUGUCCUGUGUGUUGAUCAUACAGUGUGUCAUCAUCCUUCUCAGGCUUCCCACCUACAUUUUCAGGAAAGCUUCAUUCAGUCAUCCAUUCCAGGGUGAAGAGGAAUCAAGUCCAACCGGAUCAACCCAAUAACUAGCUGAGCAGAACCAAGCACAAUGAGGACUGGACUGUGUCUAUCUGUGUUGGGCCUGCUGGGUCUGCUCAGCGUUGUUUUUGGCCAGGAGGCUGUGGACGUCCAAUCUGGCGUCCACAUCUUUUGCGAUGACCCGUCUGUUGAGAAAGCCGUGAGCAGCGCCCUGCAAAAGUUCAAUGAAAGGUUGAACACUGGAUACAAGCUGGCCCUCUUUCAGAUAAUAACAGCCAGCAAGUCAGAGAACGGCUCCAACAACAACUACGCACUGCAGUUCACCAGCAGGAGGAGUGACUGUCUAGCAGGAAGUCCCAAACCUUGGACAGACUGCAACUAUCUGCCAUAUGGACGCCAAGAUCCACUCUCAUGCAACGCUACAGUCCACAUGACAGAGGACGAAACAGACACUGACCAUGUGCAUUGCGCGUUAGAUGACUACAUCCACCCAGAGAGAGCUUCUUGUCUGGGCUGCCCGAUGCCGAUUGAUGAGAACUCUGAGGACCUUAAGGUUCCGCUGUCUGUCUCCAUCGUGAAGUACAACUCCAUCUCCAACUCUACACACCUGUUUAAUCUUAACAGUGUUGAAAGCGCCACCAGACAGGUAGUGGCAGGUUUCAGAUUUAAACUGAGAUUCGACAUGAGGAGGACCACCUGUGCCAAGGCUGAACACAGCGACCUCAGUGACCUAUGUGUGCAUGAUGGCGAGGAAAUGGAGUUCAUUAACUGUAACUCCACAGUGGACGUAGCACCGUGGAGAUUUGAGGCCCCACAGGUCAGCAUCAUAUGUGAAGAAGGCGCUCUGCCUCCUCAGACUCAGGCAUUCAGCAGGCGCCUGCCCCCUGGUUGGACUCCAUUUAGGGAGGCUAUGCCGACCUUCCCUUCUCCCACAUUGGCAUCAGGCAAAGAGGAAUCAUCUGAGGAGGACGCGACAGCUUCUCCCACUGCUGGAGCUGCAGAAGCUGAGAACGACAACCCCUUCCACUGCCCAUCCAAGCCAUGGAAGAAGUUCCACCCAGUCCAGACUGGUUUGCCUGUAGCUCCCACCAUGGCUGGCACACCAGUACCUCCCACAAACAGGCCUCUCCUUGAUGAAGACUUGCUGGCAUGAAUGCUUCUUCAAUAGAACGUAUAUCGUUCAAAAUAAUCUCUUCCCUCACAUUCAUUCUACUACCAUAUUGUAGCGUUUUGUAAGUCUAAUGCAAAACUAUGGUAAUCGGUCAUGUAAUGCCACAAGGAGCGCUGGACACAUAUCAAAUCAAAAGAGGGUUUGGUUUCUUUAAGGAAGGAUAUCAGUUCUUUGACUUAAUUAAAAUGAGUAAUGCGUUUUGUUUCUUGCUCUAAAAAAUACUUGCCAUCAUGUAUUUUCCUGAAGAAAUGAUUGUUUGACUACAAAGUCCACAAGUA